GCAGAAAAGCCCAGCAGGCACAGCGAAGCGAGGCUAAGCAGAGCAGAGAACUGGGUCGAUGACAAUGAAGAAGUUCGUGAGGUCGUUGCUGCUAGGCGCCCUGGACCUGGCUGAGCUUCUCGUCAGCGCAGCCGUCCACUUGUCCUACGGAUUCUACAUCUUCGCCGCCGCCGUGGGCCGCGACCUCCUCUCCCGAGCUCUGGUGGAGGGUCGCAAUAGCGAUGCCACCGGAUCGAACGACGCCGGCGACGACGAGGACGCCGUGCUCGAUGGCGAGGUGCCCCCGAUCGUUCUGGUCCACGGCGUCUUCGGCUUCGGCAAAGGUCGGCUGGGCGGGCUGUCGUACUUCGCCGGCGCGGAGAAGAAGGACGACCGGGUGCUCGUGCCGGACCUGGGUUCGCUGACGAGCGUGCACGACAGGGCUCGGGAGCUCUUCUACUAUCUGAAAGGAGGCCGGGUGGACUACGGGGAGGAACACAGCAGGAACUACGGGCACUCCCGCUUCGGCAGAGCCUACCAUCGCGGGCACUACCCAAUGUGGGACGAGGAGCACCCGGCCCACUUCGUGGGCCACUCGGCCGGCGCGCAGGUCAUCCGGCUCCUGCAGCAGAUGCUCCAUGACAAGGCGUUCGAGGGGUACGAAGACAGCUCCGAGAACUGGGUGCUGAGCGUCACCUCCCUAUCCGGCGCACUCAACGGCACCACGCGAUCCUACCUCGACGGAAUACGUCCUGAAGAUAGCAGGUCUCUGAGGCCCAUCUGCCUGGCACACGUCUGUCGGGUAGGCAUCACCCUCUACCACUGGCUCGACUCGCCCUGGCUCAAGCGCUACUACGACUUUGGCUUCGACCACUUCGACAUGUCGUGGCGCGUGGUCGGCCUGUCGGUCCUGCCCAGCCUCCUCGCCGGCACCAGGGGGCCGUUCGCGACGGGAGACUGGAUCAUGUCAGACCUCACCGUCCAGGGCGCCGCGAGGAUGAACGCAGGCGUGCGCACGUUCCCCAGCACCUUCUACUUCAGCUACGCCAGCAGGCACACGGCGAGAGUGCGCGGUGUCACCGUGCCCUCCGGCGUGCUGCGUAUCCACCCGCUGCUGUUCAUACGCGUCUUGCAGAUGUGCCGGUGGCGCCACCCCACCGACGCGGAGCCCCCCUGCGAAGGCUACAGGGAUGAAGAUUGGGAGGACAACGACGGUGCGCUGAACACAUUCUCGAUGACGCACCCUCGGAUUCCGGUAGAGCAUCCGAGCCUCUUCGUCGAGUAUGAUUCGGAUUGCCACCCACUUCAACCGGGCAUCUGGUAUUACAAGAUCGUGGAGGCGGAUCACAUGACGUUUGUGAUCAACCGGCACAGAGGAGGAGUGCAGUUCGACCUCAUCUACGACAGCAUCUUCCAGAACUGCAGGAAGCAUGUGUUUAGGACCACUCCACCACCUACGCUUCCAAAUCAAAACUCACCCUAGGGUUAACAUUUCGUUAUCGUACUCCACAUGCACGCAACAGAAAAAACAACUUUUUUUAGCUUGUGAUUCAUGUAAUUGGAUUGUACGACUGAUAUGUGAGGAUAUCAUCGGCAGUGAUGAAGUGAAACCCUUCCUUUUUUGCUCCGCAA